AGCCGCCAAACCCUGUUCAUUGACUUCUGUUUGACAGCAUGCUGCAACCCGGGUCCUCCCCCGCGUCUAAUGACGACACACGACGCAGCAAGCGGGCUCGCCUCCGCCUUUGCGAAGCGGAGACGAGGGAGCGCGCCCGGCGGUCUGCGACUGGUGGAUGGAGAAGGAGGCAGGAUUCUGAAAGUGGGGGGGACGGUUUCGUUCAAAAUUACAGAAAAAAAAGAAAAUUAGGCAUUGCAGACAUGACAGCCGAACUACCUUGUGAGAGCGGGGAGGCUACAGACAACACGCGACAGUAUCUCCGGGAGGUGAGGGCAGGGUUAAACUUGUUGCUGAUGUCAAUCACAGUGCCCGAGUCGAAGGUAAAGUUUCAAAACAUGCAUCAUCAGAAUAAUCAGGUCCUAAUAAAUCAACUACAGGAAAUCACUGGGACCCAGGAUGUGAAGAUACUGCAAACAGCACUGAAGGCUAGUCAUGGAGAUGUUAGGCAAGCGAUUGGAUUCCUCACUGGCCAGGACCCGGACGCAGAGGUCAUAGCAGUGGAGCCCUCUGAUAGUGAAGGGAGUGUCGUCGGCAGGGAGGGACAGACCAAGGUGAUCGACCUGACUGGUAAUGACAAGGAUGACCUUCAGACUGCCAUCGAGCUGAGUUUAAAAGAGUCUCAAACCACCCAGGCAGAAGAGCAGGACCUGAGCAGGGCUCUGGAGGCCAGUGUUGCUGAUAACAAAUCUCGGGUAAAAAGGAAAAGGUGCGAGGCCUGGGGGGACAGCUCCAAUCCCAUCGACUGGAUCCGACGGGACGAAUGGCCAGUGGGGCUGAAGAAUGUGGGAAACACCUGCUGGUUCAGUGCUGUUAUACAGUCUUUGUUUCACCUUCCUGACUUCCGGAGGCUGGUCCUGCACUACUGUCUUCCCCAGAAUGUCCUGGAAAACUGCAAGAGCCACAGUGAGAAGAGGAACAUUGCCUUCAUGCAGGAGCUCCGUUGCCUGUUUGCACUCAUGAUGGGCUCCAGUCGCAAGUUUGUGGAUCCCUCUGCUGCUGUGGAGCUGCUGAAAGAUGCAUUCCGGUCCAACGAAGCCCAGCAGCAGGAUGUGAGCGAGUUUACCCACAAGCUUCUUGAUUGGUUGGAAGAUGCCUUCCAGUUGGCAGCCAAUGGAAAUAACCCCAAAGAUAAGCAAGAGAACCCGAUGGUGCAGCUUUUUUACGGAACCUUCCUGGCUGAAAGAACCCUUGAUGGUAAAACUGUCUCCAACAUUGAGCGCUUUGGACAGUACCCCCUACAGGUGAACGGAUUCAACAACCUGGAUGAGUGCUUGGAAGGCGCCAUGGUGGAGGGGGAGAUCGAGGCUCUUCACUCGGAUCAAACCAUCCGCUCUGGCCAGGAGCGGUGGUUUUCAAAGUUGCCACCGGUGUUGACCUUUGAACUGUCCAGAUUUGAGUUCAACCAGUCUCUUGGACGGCCAGAGAAGAUUCAUAAAAAACUGGAGUUCCCGCAGGUGAUUUACAUGGACAGGUACCUUUACAAGAACAUGGAGAAGAUCCAGGACAGGAGAGCGGAGGUGAAGAAGCUGAAGGAACAGGUGACUGUUCUGCAGCAGAAGCUAGAGAGCUACCUCAAUUACGGCUCAGGGCCAAACAAAUACCCGUUGGCUGACAUGCUGCAGUACGUCCUGGAGUUUGCAACCACAAAGCCCACCAGUGUUUCUCCCACUCAGGAUAUUAAAGUGACCUCCCCAGCAUCCACUACCACUUUGAGCACACCCACAGAUCCUGUACACGAGCAGACAAGUCCUUCAGAAACAGAGAAUUCAGGGCCACCUGACAGUUCAAACUCUAUGCCCACGUCGCCACCACCCCAGAGGACUCCCAUCUACAAGCCAUUUACGCAGUGCAGACCGCCCAUGGACACCCCCCCUCACCCGGCCCCCCACAAAGUGUCCGAGGAGGAGCUCUGCUUCAUCAAAGGCUGCCUGCAUCGCUGGAGAACAGAGGUGGAGCAAAACAUACAAGAGCUGAAGGACAGCAUUGACCGGAUCAACCACACUUUAGAGAACAUGUACACGGAAGACAGCAUGUGCCAGGUAACAGGCAGCGUUGCUUCUGAUUUCAGGGUGCCCUACCGCCUGCAUGCUGUCCUUGUCCAUGAAGGCCAGGCUUCUGCAGGCCAUUACUGGGCCUACAUCUUCAAUCACAGGUGCAAACUGUGGCUCAAGUACAAUGACAUCUCUGUCACGGAGUCCUGUUGGGAGGAGCUGGAGAGGGACUCCUAUGGGGGUGUGAAGAACGCCAGUGCCUACUGCCUCAUGUACAUUGAUGACAAGCUGCCUCGCCUCAUAGCAGAGGACACAGAUAUGGAGACCGGGCAGGUGCUGGAGGGGGUGGACUCCCUGCCACCCAUCCUGAGACGCUACGUUCAGGAGGACAACCGCUGGUUCCAACAGGAAGUGGAGGAGUGGGAGGAGGAGCAGUUCCGCAAGAUUGCGCAGAAGGAGCCGCCUGUAACCAUCACAGAAACACAGGAACUCUCCUUCACAACAGUGGCUGAAGAAUCUGCCCCUAGCCAGCAAAACUCGCGGUCUCUGUCUUCGGAGCAUGCUGUUAUAGCCAAGCAGCAGACCGCCCAGGCCAUCGCCAAGACAGCCGACUGCUACGAGAAGAAGGGAGUGGAGGCUGCACUCGCGGAGUCCGAUAGAGAGAGUGAGGCUGUGGGCAGCACUGUGGAGUGUGAAGCCAGGGCUGACUCCCAGCCACAGGAUCAGCCCCCCAAGGAGGGUGAUAAGCAGGCUGAGAGCCAGGUCUCCGAGGUGGAGAUCCCCAGUGUGGGCAGGAUUCUGGUGCGCUCAGACGCAGACGGGUAUAACGAGGAGAUGAUGUUAACUCCAGCCAUGCAGGGGGUCAUCCUGGCUAUAGCAAAGGCUAGGGAGGUCUAUGAUAAGGACGGGCCUGAGGCUGCUCUCAUAAAGGCGUUCCAUGAAGAAUACUCCCGGCUCUACCUGCUUGCUCAGGAGAAAGCCAGCCCCCAGAACGACCCCCGUCUCCAGCACGUCCUGAUCUACCUCAUCCAGAACGAAGCCCCCAACCGUGUGGUCGAGAGGACACUACUGGAGCAGUUCGCAGACCGGAACCUCAGCUACGAUGAACGGUCAAUCAGUAUAAUGAAGCAGGCUCGUGCGAAACUCCGUCUGAUUGGACCAGAGGACAUGGAUAUGGACAAGUACAGGCAGAAAUGGCAUGAAGACUACAGCCUGUUUCGCAAGGUGUUUGUGUAUCUUCUAACAGGGCUAGAGCAGUACCAGAAUGGAAAAGUUCGUGAAGCGCUGACCUACCUGGUGUAUGCCUACCAGAGCAACAGCACGUUACUGAGGAAUGGGGAAAAUAGAGGCGUAGAGGAGUCACUUAUUGCACUUUAUAGGAGGAAAUGUUUAAUGGAGCUGAAUGAGAACGCAGCAGGCCUGUUUGACAGCGGAGAGGACAGUGAUGUGGUGGAGGGGAUGAGCAUCAUGAACGACCUGGUCAUUCCCUGCAUGCACCUAAUGAUCAGUAACGACAUCUGCCAAGAGGACCUGGACGCCAUUGAGAUCAUGAGGGAUCGCUGGUGCUCUUACCUGGGCACUGACAUGGACGCCACUCUGCAGGAGAAGCUGGGGGAGUUCUUGCCCAGGUUGCUGGACUGUUCAGCGGAGAUCAUCAUCCUAAAGGAGCCACCGAAGAUCAGGCCAAACUCGCCCCACGACCUGUGCAGUCGCUUCGCCGCUGUGCUGGAGUCCAUUCACGGCACCUCGCCAGUGACUGUCAAUUAAGACUUUAACGGAAAAUAUGAAUCGGACUCUUGAAGCUUGGAACUGCCAAGAUCACACAGUGGAACAGUCAGUCAACAAAGACACUUGUGAAAGAACUCCAAGGUAAAGGGCUCUUGAUCUGACACAUAAAUGGUGCCCUGGAUUGUAUGCAAGUGUGUGUAUUUUAAGCUAUUUGUCUUUUUUAAAGCACCUUUUUUAAUAAUGAAAUACACAAAUAUCGGGUCCCGCCAUUAACUUAUGCUCAAAAUUGAGAAGUUUUAGCUAUGAAUGCUGCUCGGAUCCAUUAUACAAAGUUCACAUGGACUGAAUAUUCGGAUAUCAUUUCCCAUGUUAUCCUUGAAGAAACAGUCAGACUGUGUCUUUUAUUUUUAUGGCCCAUAUUUCAAAGACAAAGCUUGCAUUACGAAAUAGAACGAGGAGCACUGCAUUUAAGUCAUUACAAAUCAGAGGAGCCUGCAUAGAUUGUGAAAGGGAAAUAUGACAAUGCAAAUGGGUGCCUAGUAUUGACCCCGUGCGUGCCAAAUAUAACGACAGUGCUUUCAAAGGACGAAUUACUUUAGUGCACCCCCAAUGGGAUUGUAAGAAAUGUGCAUUCUGUAGUUUAGUGUUUCAGUCACUGCAUGGAAGUGCAGCACUGUAUUCCCUGCUAUGCCCAAGUAGUGUUUGCAAACCUUGAAAAGAGCAUUAAAAAAGCCUGCCCUGUUUCUUACGGACAUGAGCUUACAUUGCGUCUUCUUGACCGAGCUACCAGUGUCCCCUUUUUACAUUUGAAAUAUGUUCUGAUCCUUAUAAUAAUCACCGGCUUGCAGGUUUGAAUGCUGCUGCUUUUGGUUCCAUGGUUCUAGCAGCUGAUGUGUAGGUCUGUCAUGUAGCCCUUGUCCGAUGCACUGGAUGACAGAAAACCACUUCGUUCUAAACACCUGGCAUUUUUAACACAAAUAAACGUUUUACAUUGCUGUUUGA